UGUUUUUUCUGCCAAGCAAUGUAGCACUAUAAUUUUUCUCAUCGUUACUACGUGCUGUGCAAACGACAAUAGUUUCCUUGAAGUUUACUACGCUACAUACUCAAUUUUUGGAUUGAUCGCCGUGGUUUGGAGUAUCGUGUACUAUUUUGUGGGAUCCAACUAUGAUCUGGAAUUCGUGGACCAAGCUCCAUCGUUCAAGCCACAAAUACCUUGGAGCUCGAUUCUGUCGUCGUUGCCCGUCUGGACUUUGAUAUUUUCUCACGCGUCUAGCUUUGCUGUUCAAGUAGUCACAAUGAAGCGAGUAAGAUCAAAUUUCUUUCCUUUUUUUUUUUUUUUUUAUUGAUCCCAACACUAAUCUACAAACAAUCAGUUAGAGUCAAUACAUGUUUCAAAAUAUGUAGUGUUCUUGCUCUGGGUGAUGGGUGGCCUCAGUUCGGGCUUGCUGUCGGACACACUUGUGGCGCAAAACUAUUUGACAAGACUCAAUGCUCGAAAGAUCUUCAAUUCUCUCGCUAUAUGCGUACCAAUGUCAGCAUUCAUAGUCAUGUUUGUACUUGAGCAAACGUCACCAACGAUAUAUUAUAACUACAUCUUCGUGUGGACAAACAUAAAGGUCGUUUUGAUAGUAUUAACAAGCUUUCAAAGUUGUGGUUUUAUGAUCAACCACGUAGACUUGAGUCCGUACUAUGCAGGCAUUCUCAUCGCUAUUACUGAAAUUGCGAAUCAAAUAGUCACAGGCUUAGUGGUUCUUGUCACAAACUUAUGCGCGACUCAACUGACGGGAGAUUCGUUCUUAAUAGAUAUACUGUGUUUAUCAGCCGCUUUUUCUAUUUAUACGAGUAUCUUCUUUGCAAUAUCCAGUGAAGCAAGUAUCCAGGAGAAGUGGAGCCCAGUUCCAUCGGGGUAUCAAGAUCAAAAUAGAUUGCAUGGUCAAAUGUAUUUCCAUCAAGCUAAGAGCUCGGGCCUCGGACUGGGGGUGUGCAACCUUAACUGCGUGAUAACUUUAGAAUACUAUCACCUCAAGUUCGAGCCUAUGACAGUGUAA